CAUUCAACUUUUGUAACUUUGUACAACAUUUUAACUGAACAACAAAUGCCAGUAUUCCCAAAGAAAAGGAAAGAUGUGAAGACCAUGAAACCAGAAACUCAACUACUAUUAACUCUGAUGCGACUUCGCCAUAACUUUGGAUUGAAAGACCUAGCUGCUCGGUUUUUGAUAUCAACUCAGUCUGUGAGUGAAAUAUUUUCUGCGUGGAUUGAACAUAUGUAUUUGAUCCUUGGAUCCAUACCAAUAUGGCCACACAGAAAUGACAUAAUUCGAAAUAUGCCUUCGCAAUUCAGAGUAGAAUUUCCAGACACUUUAGCCAUUAUUGAUUGCACAGAACUUAAGACCCAAAAACCGUCAUCGUUAAAAUUACAGUCACAGAUGUACUCUGAUUAUAAGUCAGCAACAACCCUGAAAGGACUGGUAGCAUGUGACCCCAUGGGCAACAUAAUUUUUGUAAGUGAGCUGUUUACAGGAUCAAUGUCUGAUGUAGAAAUUACAGCAAAGAGUGGGUUUUAUAAACUCUUGGAGCAGCUCAUUUUAACAGGAUAUAUUCAUCGUGGAGAUUCUAUUAUGGCCGACAAAGGUUUCACGAUAUCUGGUGAACUUCAGAAUGUUGGAUUGCAUCUAAACUUGCCAUCUUUUGUGAAUUCGGGUAUUCAAAUGUGUCAGGCAGAUGUAGAAAUUACACCAAAAAUUGCAGCCCAUCGUAUUCAUGUUGAAAGGGCAAUUAGGAAAAUAAGAACCUUCAAAAUAUUGACUGGUUGCAUUACUACUAGUCUGUUUGGAUCAAUUAAUAAAAUCUGGACCGUUUGUGUACUACUAACUCUGUGGCAGAAUCCGGUGUUGAAAAAUAAGUGA